CCCCCUCCCCUCCCUCGCUGGGCCCCCGUGUAGAGCCGCCUUGCAGAGUUGAGUCGGGCUGGCAGAGGAAUGCUUUGGGAUGCGGUGCGGCUCACACUGUAGGAGAACGACGCCACAACUCGCACAGUAUGGACAGUAAUGAUCCAUAUUUACACCUCAGUGUCUCUCUACAGAUAUAUUCUACCAACACUGAGACGAGACAUGAGAUGAGUGGGCGGGAGGAGAGCUGAUUUGUGCAGCAGUUGGGCAGCAAACAGCUCUUGUGGGACUGAUCUCUGGGGAAGGAUAAUCUGGGUAAUCCUAUAACCAGCGCCGGUGGACUCCGCCCUUAUUGCUCUUCACUCAGCCCCCACCCCCCCCUUUCCACAUCGGCCCUUCCAUUCCCGGUGUGUCCUGAAAAGUGAAUGAUUUUAAGGAGUAUCGGUGUCACUUUUUAGUUCGCCACCAAACCAAAACUUGAGUCUGAGACCUGAUCCGAACUGACUGGCGCCCUGCCAGCGCCACACAUCAUACCUGAAAGGCAUGUGGCACCCUGUGGCAUCACCUGCAACUGGAGGGAUCCCCGGCAAGGAGAUGGGUUAUGGCCACUACUCAACGGGGCCAAUGAGCACAGCCCACACUCACCCCCCUCACAUGGGUAGCAUGGCGGGCCACCCGUCAGUCAUCAGCACCUCCAGGCCGUUACCGUCCCCCAUGUCCACCUUGGGCUCGCCUAUGAACGGCCUGGCCUCACCCUACCCCGUCAUCACAUCUUCUCUGGGCUCGCCCUCUGUAUCUCUGCCUUCCACACCCAGCAUGAACUUCGGACCGCUCAGCAGUCCACAGAUGAAUUCUAUGAACAAUGUCAGCAGCUCAGAGGACAUCAAGCCUCCACCGGGCCUACAGAACCUGGGAAACAUCAGCUACCAGUGUACGAGCCCCGGGGGAAUGUCAAAGCACAUCUGCUCCAUUUGCGGGGACCGCUCCUCAGGAAAGCACUAUGGUGUGUACAGCUGUGAGGGAUGCAAAGGCUUCUUCAAGCGUACCGUCCGUAAAGAUCUGACCUACACAUGUCGAGACAGCAAGGAGUGCCUGAUUGACAAGCGCCAGAGAAAUCGCUGCCAAUACUGCCGCUACCAGAAGUGCCUGGCCAUGGGCAUGAAGAGAGAAGCGGUGCAGGAAGAGAGGCAGCGUGGGAAGGAGCGGGGGGAGAGCGAGGUGGAAUCUACCAGCAGUUUCAAUGAGGAAAUGCCUGUGGACAAGAUCCUGGAUGCUGAGCUGGCUGUGGAGCCCAAGACAGAGACUUACAGCGACGGCAGCCCCAGCAACUCAACCAACGACCCUGUCACUAAUAUCUGCCAAGCAGCAGACAAGCAGCUCUUCACCCUGGUGGAGUGGGCCAAAAGGAUACCACACUUCUCUGAGCUCCCCCUCGAUGACCAGGUCAUCCUGCUGCGAGCAGGAUGGAAUGAGCUCCUCAUCGCUUCGUUCUCACAUCGCUCAGUCACGGUAAAAGAUGGUAUCCUGUUGGCAACAGGCCUCCACGUCCACAGGAGCAGUGCCCACAGUGCUGGAGUGGGCUCCAUCUUUGAUAGAGUCCUGACAGAGUUGGUAUCCAAAAUGAAAGACAUGCAGAUGGAUAAGACAGAGCUGGGCUGCCUGCGAGCCAUCGUUCUCUUCAACCCAGAUGCAAAAGGUCUUUCAAACCCACCGGAGGUUGAGGGGCUGAGGGAAAAAGUUUACGCCUCAUUGGAGUCGUACACGAAACAGAAAUACCCAGACCAGCCUGGCAGGUUUGCCAAGCUGCUGCUCCGCCUGCCCGCCCUGCGCUCCAUCGGCCUCAAGUGUCUGGAGCAUCUGUUCUUCUUCAAGCUGAUUGGGGACACGCCCAUCGACACCUUCUUGAUGGAGAUGCUGGAGGCUCCGCAUCAGAUCACAUGACACCAGUAACCCCCUUCCCCCUGUAUAUACUCCCACAUUGUCAGCGAUAUGAAGAUGGAAUAAAGAAAAGACUUGAUUCAAAUUGUAAAACUGCAUAUUUUGUACCUAGCAAAACAUUGUAAUUAAAAUUGAAUAAAAGUAUUUUGAAGUUGUGGAGCCAUGAGAGAAUUGAGUACACUGUCAAAAUGAAUUCUAAUAGAAUUGAUAACAGAUUACUUUUGUAAAUAGAUAAUUUCAGGUGUCCGUUUUAAUAGCAACCCAAUGCAAUUUGAGAAAGAAAUCAUAUUUUACUUGGAGUGGAAUUGUAUAAAAACAGAAACCAUACUUGCAUUUCUUAAAACACAUUUGAGAAUUCUUACAGAAUAAAGUUAUUUAAAAAUGUA